UGCUCGGGGAAGAAUGGUGCACCUUUGCACGAACGCGAAGGGGAGAUAUUUCACGCGCGCACUUACUUUAUUUUAACUUUUUCUUCAUCUUACAACGGAUUUUUCUCUCAUCGUUCCCAACGUAAGCUCGUCAUUUGGCUCGCAUCACCAAUGGCUCGGAGUACAUCAGAGCGGCGACCGCGCGGAGGUUCUGCGCGUCUUUACGUGCACUUGUUUUCCUUUAUAUUGACUGUGAUAUGUUACGCAUCCGCACAGGGAUACGAGAGGUUGGGACUAACCUAUGGUUUGAGAUCUGAACUCUCAGAAGAUGCUAUUCUUGUCGCAAAUAAUGGAAUACGGGUUCCCUUCGGCAGGUCUGUUUACAUCGAUCCGAUCAAUGACUUAGUUAUUCAAGUUCAGCCCGGCGACAAGUGCACCAUAACGGUUCUGGAUAACGACCCAUUAUCGCAGAGACCAGGACAGCUGUCCCCGAAAAAGUUUCCUUGUCUAUUCGGUCCCAACGAUGUAAAGUACUCGCAUUUCGGAUCCACGAGCCCUUCAAAAGACAGGGUAAGACUUCAGCUGAGGUAUGAUACACAGACGGACACCGUUAUCAUUCCCUUCAUGAUGGAAGUGGAGGUGAUCUUCACCCAGCUUGAGGUUUUAACCAAACACAUGCCUCUAGUGGUAGAAAAACUGCUUGGGAUGAGUAAAUCCAUUGAUAAGAAAAUCCUGGAGUUCACCUAUGAUAGAAAUGCUCACGUGUGUAAAGUGACACCUCUGGUCAGUGGCCGCACUUUGCCAAGAUAUGGAAAGCUGGUUGAUGAUGGUAAGUUAGGGAAACCUGUGGACUGCGAUGAAUUUGUCAGGAUGAACGUACGCUAUCAGCACACUUUUGCACAUCGCUCCCCAAACAGAGAUUAUAUUCCCAUGUAUUUAGAAUUACAAGACAAAGAAGCGAACAUACUAAAGCAAGAGUUUUUCCAAGUUGUGGUGAUGGUAAAGGAGGGCGAGGAGAACACGGCUCCCAAGCCAAGCUUUGUGGCCAUGAUGAUGAUGGAGGUCGAUCAGUUUGUGAUGACGGCCAUAACCCACGACAUGCUGGCGGCUGAGGAUGUCGAAUCUAAUCCUGAUGAUUUAAUCUUUAACAUCACUUCCCCGCUGUCUUUUGAGGAAGGUUACAUUGUCAGCACAGAUGACAGGAAUUUGCCUAUCACGUCUUUUUAUCAGAAGGACCUGAAGGACCUUAAAAUAGCCUACAAGCCUCCUUCUGUGGAUUCGGAUGCUGAGAGGAUUUUCCAAAUCGAGUUUGUGGUUGUAGAUACUGAGGGCGCCGUAUCAGACUCCUUUGCUUUUAUGAUAGUGGUUAAACCUAUGAACACACUAGCACCGCUCGUGACCCUUAAUACGGGGCAACUUCUGUAUGAGGGUCAGUCCAGGCCGCUGUUCAGCUCUGAAAACUUGCAAAUUAGUGAUGAGGACAAUUUAGACCACGUCCAGAUAACAGUUAUCGAUGGGCUUCGCCACGGAGAGCUCACGGUACUCGGUUCGAGGCGCAAAUACUUCACCCCAGCAGAUCUUGAUGUAGGUAGCGUUAUCUACCAACACGAUGGCAGUGAUACAUACAGCGAUAAUAUCAUUUUCAGAAUGACGGAUGGUAAACACGAAGUUGAGUUUUUAUUUCCCAUCACUGUGGUGCCAACCGACGACGAGCCUCCUAUAAUUAAUGCCAACACAGGUUUAAUCCUAUUAAAAAACCAAAUGAAGCCCAUUUCCCCUUUAACGCUUAGCGCGGCAGAUAUAGAUUCGGAGGAUUCAACUAUUACAUUUAUUAUGGCGCCUCCCUACUCUACUAUCGGUGAAGUAAUACUUAGGCAGUCGGAUGCACCCGAGGAUCCGUCCACGUGGAGGUUCAAUGCGGAAGAUGAAAUGUAUGAGAAAGUAGUGACAGAAUGGUUCCAGCAAGACAUCAUGGAUGAGAAGCUGUUUUAUAGACACAUCGGUCCACAUAAUACAAAAGCCAUCAUGGACCAGUUUCAUUUUUACGUGCAAGAUGACAACGACCCCCCAAACCAAUCAGGUGAAAGCUCAUUCUUCAUAAAAGUUCUCCCUGUUGAUGAUAUUCCUCCCGAGCUGUAUCAAGGGACCACCUUGCAAGUGACCGUACAUGAGUAUCACCUCACGUAUUUUCGAAAGAAAUUCUUGCGCUACACAGAUUUAGACUCGGAAGAUAGGGAUUUAAAAUACACCAUUAGCCAGCCACCCACAGACACAGAUGAAAACAGCCCUGGCAUUCUGGGAACCAUCGUAUUGACUGAGAGUCCACACAUAGAGGUCACCGAAUUCACUCAGGCACAGAUAAAUCAUCACAAGAUCGCAUACAAACCUCCCGAUCUAGAGCUUGGAAUAACCCCACACGUGGUGCAGUUUCACUACAAAGUUGAAGACACUGCAGGAAACAGUGCCGAUGGAGUUUUUACCAUAUUUUUACAACCUGUUGACAACAAGCCCCCUCAGAUCACCAACACUGGUUUCACCAUACAGGAGCGAGGUACGCACGUCAUCACGCGCCUCGAGUUGGACACCACGGAUGCAGACACGGACAGCUCGCAGAUACUCUUUACGAUCGCCCAACCUCCUAAGCACGGCCAGAUGAAGUACACGUUCACUGAUAUGACUAAAGGAGAUUCAUUUAACCUGCGAGAUAUAUCCAAUGGUAGAAUAUCAUAUGUUCACAACGGAGAAGAGUCGACUAGCGAUUUCUUCAAACUGGAUGUCAGCGACGGCGUCCACGUUGUCACAAUCACAGUCAGGAUUAACGUAAAACCGAUUGAUGAUGAAGCUCCUACUAUAAAUCUUCCAGAGGGGACUAUUGGUUCUCACAUUGAUGUUUUGGAGAACGGAGCAACUGAGAUCACCACCAACGUUAUUCGGGGUCGAGAUGAGGACACCGAUGACCUCAGACUGACCUUUAUAGUGGAUGAUCCCCCAGUGUUUGGUGAGAUAUUAGUGAAUGGUGUGCCAUCCAAUAGAUUCACUCAAGCAGACAUCAUUAGUGGUCUGGUGGUCUAUGCACACAUGAGCGGAGAAAUUGGCUUUACAACAAAACACGACUUCUUUAAUCUUACUCUCACUGAUAUGUCUGAUGAAUGGACUGUGGGGGGUAAUAAAAUCAAAGGGGUGCAAGUGCAGGUCACCAUUUUGCCAUUGGACAGUCAGGCCCCUGAGGUCUUUAUCGGCCCCCCGUUUCAUGUCGUGGAGGGGGAGAAGAACGUUAUUGAAAUUUUGCACAUAAGCGCUAAUGAUAUAGACACACCUAACGAUGACCUUCUUUGCACUAUUAUCGUACAGCCCACCUCUGGGUACGUUGAGAACAUCUCUCCAGCUCCAGGCUCUGAGAAAUCCAGAUCAGGUAUUGCCAUUAGCGCUUUCACCAUCAAAGACAUUAAAGAAAAUCACAUUUAUUAUGUACAAAGCAUCCACAAAGGUGUUGAGCCCAUCGAGGACAGGUUUACUUUUAGAUGUUCGGAUGGGAUUAACUUCUCAGUGAGGCACUUUUUCCCGAUUGUGAUCAUACCAGCCAAUGAUGAAAAGCCUGAGAUUCAUAUGAGAGAGUUCGUGGUGAUGGAAGGCAGGAGCAUAGUGAUUGACACCCCGAUAUUAAACGGAGCCGACGUUGAUUUUCCGGCGGAUGAACUCAAGUUUAUUAUUUCAAAGCCUCCUAAACACGGAUAUAUUUUCAAUCAGCUCUCCACAGGCACCGUUCCUGUGACAAACUUCACCCUGGAUCAGAUACGAGAGGCUUCGAGUAUUGUGUACGAGCACGACGAUUCGGAAACCACGGAGGACAGUUUUGAAGUUCUGCUCACCGAUGGGAAAUUCACAGUGCAGAAAACCGUCAUGAUCAUGUUGAUUUUAGUUGACGAUGAAACUCCAAGAAUGGCAAUUAAUGAUGGCCUUGAAAUAGAAAUAGGGGAUGUCAAAAUAAUCAAUAACAAAGUUUUAAAAGCAACCGAUCUGGAUACAGAAGACAGCACUUUAACCUAUAUCAUACGUUAUGGUCCCAACCAAGGUAUUUUACAGAAGAGAACUUCAUCCGGACUGCUAGUCAACAUAACCGUUGGUAUGAACUUCACGCAAAAUGAGAUUGACCAAGACUUGAUCAUGUACAUUCACAACGGACAAGAGGGAGUCCGUGACCUUAUCAAAUUUGAUGUUACUGAUGGCAUUAACCCUUUAAUCGACAGGUACUUCUAUGUAACUGUAGGUGGAAUAGAUAUGGUAUUUCCCGACGUGAUCAGUAAAGGAGUUUCUCUUAAAGAAGGUGGACGGGUGACCCUGACCACAGAUCUCCUCAGCACCAGCGAUCACAACAGUCCCGAUGAGCACUUGGUGUUUACUAUAACUCGUGCCCCUGUGAGAGGUCACCUCGAGUGCACUGACACACCUGGUAUGCCCAUUACUUCAUUUGCUCAACUUCAACUAGCUGGUAGUAAAAUUUACUACAUCCACACCUCUGAUGACGAAGUCAAGAUGGACAGCUUUGAGUUCGAGGUGACGGACGGUUACAACCCUGUGUUCCGCACCUUUCGUAUUUCUAUCACCGACGUGGACAACAAAAAGCCUGUGGUCACCAUUCACGGGCUGGUCAUCAGUGAAGGUGAAAAGAAGCUAAUCACCCCUUUUGAGCUCACGGUGGAGGACCGUGAUACCGUCGACCAGCUUUUGAAGUUUACCAUCACCCAGGUGCCCAUCCGUGGCAAGUUGCUGUUUAACAACACCAGACCUGUCACUUCCUUCACCAAGCAGGACCUGAAUGAAAACAUGAUCAGCUACAAGCAUGACGGGACGGAGUCUGCCUCCGACAGCUUUUCAUUUAUAGUGACUGAUGGAACUCACACAGACUUUUAUGUAUUUCCCGACACGAUUUAUGCAACUCGUAAGCCCCAGAUGAUGAAAAUCACAAUUCUUUCAGUGGACAAUGGGGUUCCACAGGUGGUGACCAACAAGGGUGGUACGACGUUAAGAAUUCUCUCCACUGGGCACUUAGGAUUCCUGAUUACAAGUAAAACUUUAAAGGCAGAGGACAGAGACAGUCUUCAAAGAGCAGUGACUUUUAAAGUGACCGUGGGUGCAGCGCAUGGCUACCUUAUUGAUUUGGGCAAAGGCAAUGCCACUAUCACCACAUUUACCCAAGCUGACAUCGAUGACAUGCACAUAUGCUACGUGCUUCGAGACGGAGACAAUGCCACAAGCGACAUUUUCUACUUUUCCAUUGAAGACAACGGUGGCAACAAGCUAAAAAACCAACAGUUCAGACUAAACUGGGCUUGGAUUUCUCUGGAGAUGGAGUAUUAUCAGGUGGAUGAAGAAUCGACGUUUCUGGAGGUGACUUUAAGAAGAAGAGGCUACCUCGGCGAGACAUCGUUUGUUAGUAUCGGGACCAAAGAUGGCACUGCUGAAAAGGACAAAGAUUUCAGAGGAAAGGCCCAGAAACAGGUCCAGUUUAACCCGGGUCAGACCACCGCCACCUGGAAGGUGCGCAUCUUGUCGGACAGCCUGUACGAGCAGUCCGAGGCCUUCCAGAUAGUUCUGUCAGAGCCUGUCAUGGGUGCGCUGGAGUUUCCAGAGGCAGCGACCGUGGAAAUUGUCGACCCUGAGGACGAAUCCACAGUGUUCGUCCCUUCAGCGGUGUACUCGGUUGGGGAAGAUAUCGGAGAACUUCUGAUUCCUGUGCGAAGGUCUGGAGAUGUCAACCAGGAGCUCAUGGUGAUCUGCUUUACACAACAAGGUACGGCUAAGGGCACGGUCCCCACCACUGUGUUGUCCUAUUCUGACUACAUUUCCCGACCGGAGGAACACCACAGCGUGCUGCGCUUCGAUAAAGGCGAGACAGAGAAGCCCUGCCGUGUGGCCAUCAUCGAUGACUCGCUCUAUGAGCCAGAGGAAAGCUUUAAUGUCACCCUCAGCAUGCCCAUGGGCGGCCGACUGGGACAGGAGUUUUUCACCACAAGAGUCAACAUACUGCCCGAUGCAGACGAUGGUGAGAAGCUUCCGUUGUGUGUCAGACUAUAA